AUCUCAAAUGGCAGAAACAGAUGAACGAAGUCUACGGGAUUUGCUCCUGGAAUCUGCAGAUGAUUUGGAGCAUAUUGUUAAAAUGAUCGUCGAUACACUCAUCAAUCGGGACAAAAGUGUUAUGCUGAAAAAUGGAGAAACCGUUACGAACAUUAUCAAGCUGUUUGACUCAAAACAGGAUAGCAUAAAGACUUUGCUGAAGAGGGUUCCUGAGUUUCAAGAACGAGAGCAGCUCAUUCGGACGCUUGAAGCCCACGUGGAGAAACGAGACGAAGUUAUUCAACAACUUGAAACGAAUUUGAAGUCAUGUGAGGUGGCUCUGACGCGAUCUUGUUUUCAUGCAAACCAGAAGCUCAAGCAAAUGAAAGAAGCUGAAUUGAGACCAGUCAAUAGUGAGAUGCUCAUCAAACUGGCUCAUCAGAUCAGUAAGCACAACUCCGUAUCUGCACCACUCACUUGGCAAAUGGGAGAUCCAUCGCGUCCGUUUCCUCAGGAACACGAAUUUCGAGCUGGUCACCUAUUGAAUUCAAAAGUUCAGAGCACUGGACCUCAGCUUUUACCCGGAAAGAACGUCGCUCAGAGGCCGCUUAUUACGUCUCCAUCCGCAUCCUCAUCCAACGGUGGAACAGCUCCAAUUCGAACUGUCGGCACUCCUCUUAUUAAUUCUGCUCCGACUGGAGAUUUCAGUCCACGAACUGGUUUUGGCACCGACGAGCCUCCACCGAUUCAACAGCAAGUACUCCGUGGAGCCACUCCAAAUGAAAAGCAAUGGCAGAAUCCGGGAGUUUCAGGAGCCACCUCAACGCAAUCCCCUUACAACCGUGUCUCGCAGAGUCCUUCUUCCUCGCCAAACGUGAAGCUGAAAAUUACUGGACUUCCGAAUCGUCCAGGAGGUAUCGAUCAAGUUCAAGAUGUGCGGGAUGUCGAACAAAUGUCGUCGGACAGCUCCAACUCGUCAGAUAGUUCAGAUGAUGAAGGCGCAUCGAAAAAGACUGGCAGUAGCAAUAAAUAAUGAAAGAUCUCUGUAAAUUCUGGUAUUUUACUUAUUGUACGUUGAUAAAUAAACACAAUUUUCUAU